AUGUGCGCAAGCAGAGCAACAACAACUCAAACAAAAACAACAUCCGGCAAUGCGUCGGCUGACCUCAUCGGCGGCGACUACUCUGGCAUCAGCAGGAGCAGCAGUUGUCCGUCCUGGCUGGCGCAAGGACAACGUUUAAACUUGCGCAUAUUUAAACUUUUGAUUAGCUGCUGCCUUCUAAUGUGCUGCAUUUAUACAAAUGCCUGGCAAUUGUCCAUUGGCCAACUUGGGGUCAUGGCCGGCAGCAUCAAAGGGCGCGGCGAAACGCACCGACUGGACGAGAUUGGAGCUGGUUCGCUGACGCGCUCCUGGCUAACGCAGAGCAAUAAUCAUGCCAACAUCUCCGAAUUGUUGGACAAUUUGCUGCGUGGCUAUGAUAAUAGCAUUCGACCGGAUUUCGGUGGUCCACCUGCCACCAUUGAGGUGGACAUAAUGGUGCGCAGUAUGGGUCCAAUAUCAGAAGUGGAUAUGACCUACUCGAUGGACUGUUACUUUCGGCAAUCCUGGGUGGAUAAACGGCUCGCCUUCGAGGGCGCCCAGGACACGCUGGCGCUGUCAGUGUCAAUGCUGGCGCGCAUUUGGAAGCCGGAUACGUAUUUUUACAAUGGCAAACAGAGCUAUUUGCACACGAUAACCACCCCGAAUAAGUUUGUGCGCAUCCAUCAGAAUGGGCGUAUUCUGUACUCCAGCCGGCUGACAAUUAAAGCAGGCUGCCCCAUGAAUCUCGCGGAUUUUCCCAUGGACAUACAGAAAUGCCCGCUGAAAUUUGGCUCAUUUGGCUACACCACGUCGGAUGUCAUUUAUCGCUGGAACAAAGAGCGACCGGCAGUUGCCAUUGCUGAGGACAUGAAAUUGUCACAAUUCGAUUUGGUCGAUUGUCCGGCGGGUAAUAUAACGGACAUUGUUUACAAGGCAGCCGCUCCGAUGCCCCAGCAAUACAACAACAAGGACACGUUCCCAUCUAAGCAGCCGCCCAAUCCCAACAACAAGAACUACAACAACAACAACAAAGUGAUGUCAACUUUUGCGGGCCCGGGUGCCAAAAAUCAACAUGUCCGUGGCACUGGCUUAAAACUAGACAAAGGCGCCUUCGGCUCGGGACGCGGCGUUGCCGGUGGCGGUGGUCUUGUCACGAAUCUGGCGGGCAGCAUCAGCUUGGAAACGCAUCAUCCAUCGGAAUACUCGAUGCUGAUGGUAAAUUUUCAUCUGCAGCGGCACAUGGGCAACUUUCUGAUUCAGGUCUAUGGGCCUUGCUGUCUGCUGGUGGUGCUCAGCUGGGUCUCCUUUUGGCUGAAUCGUGAGGCGACUGCGGAUCGCGUUUCUCUGGGCAUUACCACGGUGCUGACCAUGACAUUUCUGGGCUUGGAAGCACGUACAGAUCUGCCCAAGGUGUCGUAUCCCACAGCGUUGGACUUCUUUGUGUUCCUGUCGUUUGGCUUCAUCUUUGCGACCAUUCUGCAAUUCGCAGUUGUCCAUUACUUCACCAAAUAUGGUUCCGGGGAGUGCUACUUUAUUAUUGAGGACCUUGACUCGGAUUCGGCCGAAUCCGAAACGGAUGCAGAUGCCAGCGGCCAGUCGGACUUUCGCGGCAGCAGUGAAUCCAAGAUCUAUGAGGUUAUACCGUUGUCCAUGUGUGCCAUCAACAUGCCAGCAUCCGGCAGCAGUCGCCUGGGCAUGCUCCACUCCAGACGCACCACGCGUAAUCGACGCCACGGACUGACUGGCUUCAGCUUCUGGCGCUGCUUGGACUGGUUCAGCUGCCGGCGACGACGGCGUCAGCCACGCAAAGCGACCUGCUCCGAUGAGGAUGAGGAGUACGAUGAACAGACGCAACUGCGCUUCGAUGAGGCGCCCUGCACUUCAGCAGCUGCAGCGGCAGCGGCGGCGGCAACACCUGCACAGAGCCCACCGCCCACCGUGGGACGCAGGCGCAUGUCCUUCUAUAGGCGCGAGGAGCUGGAGGCGCGCCGCAAGGGCAAACGGACACCGCAAUACAAUUCGGUAUCGAAGAUAGAUCGGGCCUCAAGAAUUGUAUUCCCGUUGCUGUUCUUUCUGAUCAAUGUGUUCUACUGGUAUGGCUACCUGUCCAGGAGCUCGCGCAUUUUGGCCAAUACGCCAACGAGCACCUGA